AUUUGUCGUCAGCUCGCGAAAUCGCGUGAACGUGUCAAGCCUCUUCUAGGUUAGCUGCGAGCCACGAGAGCAGGUUAGAAUACCGCGGGCGAGACGAGCGUGACGCUUUUGCUACGCACUUUCAACGUAAUCCUCGAGCAAGAUGAUACGUCGAAGUCCAACACGCAUAGAGAUGCGCCUGGACGAUUUGCAAGAAUACGAAGACAUAAAAAAAGCACAUGAGGCCAAGAAAGAUCCCGAGAGAAAAACAUCCAUGAAUCCUCCUGCAUGGGGCGGAAAGGUUCCCCAGAGCGAGAUCCAGGAACGCAUCGGUUACAUGCAGCAGCCGCAGCAGCAUCCGGCCACGCAUAAUCGAUCUACAAUGUAGCAAAUUUAUAGGACAUGUAUCAAUAAAAUUAUGUACGAUUUAAUAGAACCUUUUAGGUUUUAAAUUUUAUAUUAUUUGACAUAAUUUUGUAUAAAUAUUGCUAUAUCUUUUAUAUAAUCUUUAUAUUAAUAUCUUAUAUGAUAGAUUUAUUCCUCACUCAUACAAUUAGAAUAAUUGCUUUUAUUAUUAAGACAACGUUUCUAUUUACAAAUGUUUAAAGUUUGAUUUUCUGUUUCUAUUUUUAUUUGCGAAAUUACAUGAAAUAUAUAAUAUUAAUGAA